AGUUCAAGCGAGAAGGAAUAGUGUGCGAGCUGUCGAUAAGAGUUUCAAUAUGGCUGACACUUGUUGGUCAUUAUUUGAUUACGUUCCAUAACAAUCGGGCUUGGUUGUUGUUGUUUUUAAAUUAAACAAUUGACGCGUCUCCGAUGCGGCGGCAAGACGGCAGUGCGAGGCAGCACGGUUUUUGUGAUUAACGCACAGCGCCGGCAGUGCGACUUCGGAACGUCUCGAAUGUUGUUAGAGCUCCUUGCGGCGACGAGUGCGUACGUGUGUCGCGUUAAUGUUUUGUUUCAACACCGAACGCGUGUGUCGUACAUUCUCCUCCGAAACGGUAAAUGCGCCAGGAAUUAAAAACAAAAACGAGAUAUUUUUCUAGCGCCUAGCGAAUAGUAGUUUGUAAUGCGUCCGAUCAGUGCCUACAACAUCACCACUACCGCCGCACGACCGUUCCAUUUCGAAUAUCGCACUUUUGUAAAUAAGCUCGCAGAAUGUCGUGCAUCGUGAGUGAUUUUCAUACAACUUUACACUAAGUGCAUCAAGUGAAUUGUGUUAUAAUAAUCUGUCGUAUACGACAAGAAGCAAGUGCACACGGAUAUUGGAGUUAAUAUAAACAUCAUCAUGGAUAUCAACUCGACGCUGCAGCAAGAGUCAAACAACAGAAGAAGCACACAUUCAAACCCAUCAGUUCGUCGAAUAUCAGGCGGAGGAACACCGUACAUCAUCAGCGGCCCGGGACGGCCAACGUCCUUACCGGACUCGCCGAACUCGCCUUCCAUGAAUGGACCUUAUCAGACGGUCUCAGUGAUAGUCAAUCGCGAUGACAACGGGUACGGCAUGAAGGUGUCCGGUGAUAAUCCGGUCUUUGUGCAAAGUGUGAAAGCCGGAGGCGCAGCGGAAAAGGCAGGCUUAUUUGCCGGUGAUCGGAUAGUGGAGGUCAACGGGGAGAACGUUUUAUCAUCUACACACACGGAAGUCGUCGCGCUAAUAAAAUCAUCAACCCAAGUGAUUCUCAAAGUUCAGCACAAAACCAACAACAAGACCAUGGGAUCUCCCGGUGUCCACGGUCGACCUUGUUCACAGAAUAGUCAGUCUAGGAUAACCGGACCUCAACCAGUAGAUAAUGAAACCCAAGUGCAAUUACAAGUGGAAAAGGAACAACAUUACAAACUGAUGAUCGAAAAGGAGCAACGCUACGUGGAUUCACUGCGUGGUCAAAUUGUAACGCACAAUGAUAUCAAGAAGAACAUCGAGUUGGCCAAGGCGGAGAAGAAUCUUCUGAAGCUAUACGGCAUGCUCCAUAACCACAAGGCGCUCCAAGAGACUGUCGCUAGAGACAAGACAGAUAACCCGCCACCCUUGCCGAGCACACCACCCCCCAAACAACUCCUCCAAAAUCGCAACGGCAACGGCGGCGGCUGUGUCGACCUGUUUGCCGAUCUAACCACUGUCAGUACUGACGAUAUCCCGCCACCGCUCCCCAAACGUAACAAUCGCACGUUAAUAACCGACACGCAAAAUAACCCAAGCGCACAGUAUGUUAAUGGGGAGGUGCCUUUGCGGGAGGAAAACGGCAACUAUGACGACGGCUGCCUAAAUCAGUGCCUUACUAGUAAUAAGCAAUCAAAGCAGCACAUAUCUAAACCUAUGUUUACGCAGAGUCGGAGCGAACACGAGAACUUGGCCGGGCUGGCGUCUGCCGCCCCCGCCACCAACGAAGGAAGGGAUCGGUGUUCUAGUUUAGGAAGUAGAAAGGGCAAAACUUGCAAAAAGUCGUUGUCGUGCGGCGGCGGCAUGAUUGUUGAUAACAAAAUGUACGCGGGCGGGGGCCAGCCACCGCCGCUGCCUCCUCGAGUCCCCUUAAAUCCCGGAUAUGAACCAGAUGGGGCUAAUUCUAUAAACAAACAAUUGUCGUAUCCAUUAGUGGCGACUUGUGCGACGUUAGUUAAUAAUUGUGUACCGAACCAUACACAUCAACGAACAAAAUCCAGUCCGGAGUCGUUGAUUAACGUGAGUUCUUCGGAAGCUUCAAAGCGACUGAUUGCUUCCGAAAGUAUGACUGAUUUAAGUCGUACGGAUGGGUACGAUCGGAACGCUACUCCACCGGGAACACCACCACCACCGUAUCCCAGUCCGUUACAGGAGCGAAAGUCCAUGAGCAAUAGGAAUUCGGCGAAUACAGAUGAUGGGGAUGGUAGUUUUGAAGAUAUUCCUAUGGAUGUUAUAUUAUCGCCAGAUGUUUCGCCGCUGCGAGGAGCAGCAUUCAACGUCGGAGGGCGCAAGUUUUUAAACAAUUCACUAAUCCAUGCAGCAACUCCACCUAGUUCUCAGCAAUCCAUCAUUAGCAUGGAGGAUGAUGAAAUAUCCGAAUCAGAUUUGAGUCAAUUCACAGACCACGGACCAUUUAAGUCUAUAUCUCAAUUAUGGAACAAAGAGAACAUGCCUUACUUAGCUGUAUUUGUAAAUUACGUUCUAUCGAACUGCGAUCCAUUUAGUUUAUUAUUUUAUUUGAUAACGGACCUAUACAAGGAGGGUAGUAAUGCCAAAGAAAUGCGCAAGUGGGCCUAUGAAAUACAUUCGUGCUUCCUCAUACCUGGCGCUCCACUGCGUAUUCCAAACGUGGAUGAACCAAUUGUUUGGGAAAUUGAUAGUGCACUGCAGGGCGAAACCACUGGCGAGGAAAUGCUACGCCGCAUCUUCUGGAAGCCGCGUACCAAAGCCAAAGAGGAGUUGACCAAACAAUUGAAUGAAUUUCAACAGAAGCGCAUCGCCGGUCUGGGCACUAUUUACGGGCCCAAAGAUGCUGUGCUGUCUGAAAUUGUCGCGGACAAGACGGGUGGCAAAGAUAUCAAGCACUAUGAAAGCGUGCUCCUGGAACGACUCAAUAUGAACGAGGACAGCGAGACGAUCAUUAUUAACGAUCCAAAGAAAUACUAUACCAUUGCGGCAACCAUAACCGUCGUAACGCGCGUUUUUGGCGUACGCCUGCCCAGCGAUGUACAAUUGGACCGUUGGCAGUCUUUCGUCAGCAAGGAGAAGUCUUUGCGCACAAAAAUAAUGGGACGAUCUUCGCGAAAGUUGAACUACUAUGGCCAUCAGUACGAUGCGAAACAAUAUUAUACUGUGAUAAGGUGCAAUAACUGUACUCAAAUUAUUUACGGCAUUGCACCACAAGGAUACAUCUGUUCAGCUUGCCACAUCAAUCUGCAUAGGAAUUGCAUUAGUCAUUACACUGAUCUUUGUCCCGGCAAACAUCCCGGAAAAGGCAUGAAAACCAAAAUAAUGGACAAGAUUCGCAAUGAGAAGGAUCAGAAGAGGAAACAAAGUGCAAAUUUCAUUCAAACUGAGAAAGAACGACGCUUUGCUGAAGAAAAAGACAACGGCUUCGAUCUUGAUAAUGAAUCAAAGCCUGGAAAUCCGGUGACGCGGACUCCUUCGGAUAGACGUCCAGACGCAUUUCGUGAGGAAUCCAGAGAUGUUGACAUGCAAGGACAAGGUGAUGUCGAAAACGAUAACGCUCCCUUCAGAAGUUCGGUGGUUAUUCUACCCGGUUCCACAACUGGAAACAAACAAAGACAAAACAACCACAUCAACCGAUCGGAGAGUGUUAAGGAGCAUUCAGAGAAGAAUCGUAAACAAAAAAGGAAUGUCAGCGAUCCGUUACGCUCCGGUGAGGUGUUGACUUUCAACGAUUCAACGGGUACUUUUCAAGAGCGUUCCGGCAGUUCUUCGAAUAGUAGUAUAAGUUCAAGAUCGCUCGAUAACUUCAGCAACCACGAAGAUGAUAGCGAUUUGGACGUGGAGCCUGAUCCACCAGACUGGAAGAGUUCGCUUACUGAAGAAGAAUUAUCCGGACUACAUACGAAGGAAAAGGCUAGACAAGAUGUUAUUAAUGAAUUGUUCCACACUGAACGUACUCAUGUUCGAAACUUGAAAGUUCUUGAUCAGGUGUUUCGGAAGCAUAUUGCCGAUACAAAGGUGAUCACUGAACAUGAACAAAACCUAGUCUUUGCUAAUUUGCCGGAGGUAUUGCUCGUUCAUAAUCAAUUCAACUUGGCGAUGAAGAAGAAACGCGCCGAGCAAGCAGUAGUGCCUGAUAUUGGCGACCUUUUAGUUGGAUUGUUCGAUGGUGAACUGGGUAAUAAGUUCUGCUUGGCCGUCUCUCGUUUCUGCGAGAAGCAGCAGCAGGCACUUGAACUAAUUUCCGAGAAACGCAAGCGUGAUUCGAAAUUCGAGAGUGUCCUUGCAUCUUGCGAGAAGAACAAUCUUUGCAGACGUCUGCCGCUGCAGGGACUUAUUCCACAAGAAAUGCAAAGGACUACAAAGUACAAACUACUAGUGGAACGACUGAUCGAUAUUCAGGAAAGCUUAAUGCGUGUGAACCCUGAGUUGAGUGCCGUCGAACUUGACAAUUUGAAGGUGGCGUUUAACAAAAUCAAGGGUAUUCUGCACACAGCGAACGAGGCAGCCGCGGCAGCGUACAAUCAAUACAGACUGGAUGAUAUUAAAAAUCACCUGGACGUCCCCAGUGAUAUUAGGACUUGUGACUGGAUUCUAGUACGCGAAGGAACGGUGAAUUUAAAAAGACAGAACAAAACUGUUCCGGUACACAUGUUAUUAUUAAAAGACUCUGUGAUACUACUACACAAAGAAGGAGAUCGUUUUGCAUGGAAAAGCUUCCACACGAAUAAUACGUGGCAAUCGCCUUUCAUUAAGCUUUCCGGAUUGAUUUGUCGGCCUAAUGCAGCUGAUAUGACCUGUUUAUUUCUUCUCAGUAAUUCACUGUCAAACAGCCAAAUGUAUGAAAUACAGUGUAGUGACGAAACCGAGCGAAAAUCAUGGUUUAAAUACUUAGCUGAUGCCAGCGAGCCGUUUAAGUCCAAAGAUGGCAAGAACAAACGCGCCGAACGGAAUCAUGACGCCGGAGAAGAAGCGCCUCAAGAGUUGUCAGCGCCUAAACCAGAAUCCCUCGAACAGACUGAGCCGAUUAGCGAGGCCGAAUUGGCAACAAGCAGCGGGAGCAGUCAGCGAAACAGUGCCGCCUUGGAGGAGGAUGCAAUAGACAAGUCUGUAGCACCAGAAGGCGACGCGGCCACUUCUGUCGUUCACUCAGCGGGUGAGGGUGGUACUACGGUAUUGACUGCCAAUGAUUGGCCUUUGAUCGAACCUUCUGAGGUGCAGGUGGCCGAAACUUCUGUUCACACUGCUGAAUCUAUUCUGACUUCUUUAGAGAAAAUCAAACGGAAGGAUGAGGAAGUAAAGAAAGCACUGGCUGACAAAGAAGUAUUAGUCGCUGACCUAUUGAGUAUUCCUCGCGAGAAUUAUCGCGACAUUGCCGAUAUGGUCGGCGAAAAGAAAACUGACGUAGAACCAUGUGAACUGGUUUUGGCUUCUUUAAAUCAAGCGAACAAACUCAUAUCGGCUGUGAAUGACUCAAUGAACAUAACAGAUGCUGAGACUGUUGCUGCUACUGGCGGCAAACAUCCAUCGUGCAAUAGCAACGAGCUGUCAGCGAAACAAAAUCAUGUGCCUUCCGUACCUGCAUCUAAAAUACAACCUAUUGCCACCACACUUCAAUCUCAGCUUACAAACUUACUGAGCUUAACGAAGCAAAGAGAUGAAGAGAUGGAGAAGAUGCGGAAAGAAUUACAUCGGUUGAGGGAGCAAUUGCACGAAAAGAGUAAUUUACACGCUCCCCAACCCAAUCAAUAUGAUUCCGAAGAAUCUGUUCAUCAUGAAUCACAAUCCGGGGACUUGGAAAGCAUAGAAGAGAGUCCAAUUGAGACUGAAACUACUUGAAUGACAGAAUUGCAAAAGUUUUGGAAUUAUGAAGAUUGAAUACACUGAAUGGUCCUGCAAUGCAGAAAGAGACAUUUUGUAUAAAUGAAAUUGUUUGUUAUCAACUAUUUAAUUAAACGUAAGUUAUUAAUUUAUAUUCAAGAUCGCGAAAAGAAGGAAAAUUGUUAUCACAUACUUUCCCUGAAUGAUGAAAACAAUGGAAAACCAAAACAAAAUCAAUUCUUGUGCCUGUGCCUGAACCAUAACAGGUGGUUUCCUUAAUAAGAGAAUAUUCAUGAACGUUGUUCACAUGAAUACUAUUACAAUUUUUGAUUUAUUCAUAAACAAGAAAAGUAUUUAUUUGUAUUAUCAACUACAUACAGUAGGAUGUAUCUGGUGGUUGAAUGACCCAUAUAGAGGAAAUUAUUUAGUAACUUUUUUUUUCAAUCGUAUUUACCGUCGCAUUGAGCACAUUCCACUCAAAAGUUAAACAAAUGUUUUCAUGACAAAGUAGGACGAUUUUACAAUCGAAGGGGCGGAUAUUUGGAGGAAAUGCAAUGGGUCAUUUAAUGUAUUAGAAACUCAUACUGUACGUGCAAUAAUAACGAACGCUUUUGAUUCGUAUGUUGUUCAUUAUUAUAAAUCGCUAAUUAUGUUGUUUAUUAUGUCUUGUCCGGUUCGUCAUAUACUUAUCAAAUGUACAUACAUAUAUUUAGCUAUCUAAAUGAGGAAGUUGGCGUAAGUAUUAUACAAUAUAUGGAUAUAUUUUUUUAAGAUAUCUUGUUAAAACAAUAGAUAGAAUUUUGACUAUGCAAUCCGCAUGUAUGUAUUAUUUAUUUAAUUUACAACAUUCAAUAUUAUGUUAAAAUAUGUCAUAAUAAUAUUUAUUUGAGGAA